AUGGGACCGGUGGAUACGAGAUUUGAAGAGCAAGAACCAACGAUCGUCUAUACCAACAGUAUCAAAAUCAACAUCGGUCUCGUCCACACCAUCCGCCAGUCAGGACCUUACCACUGCGCCCAGAGGCCCUUGCUUUGCAGUGCGUUGAACGGUAUUUGGUUUGUUGGCAAGGCGACACUGGAGUGUUUGGAUGCAAAAGAGGUCCAUAGGGCCAUGGGCAAGGAGUACCGUAUACCAGAUUACCCGGAAAUUGGAGCAUUAACGCCUCAAGUUGAGGAGAUCCUCCAGUUUGGAACUGAACAGGAGAUUUCGGAGGCGAUUGAUGAGCUGUGUGCUGCAGAUAUACCAUGGACAGUCAGAAGGGCGCUUAAAGUUUGGAGGCAGCUACACACUUCCGAACGAGCCUAG